GGAAAAGAAUCUUUUGUUUUUUAUUCUGCCUUAAGUUUCAGUUUCAUUUCUCGGUAACCAGCUACUCAACGCUGGAGGUUUACAGACGUACGUAGAUGAGCUCUCCUCAGCUUUAAUCGCACUCUGUAGAUUUCUCUGAAUUUAUGACACGAUGACAUCGGUAAUCUCUAAAUUCAUCAUCAAGACCCUGUGCGACAACCAGGGAUGUUUGGACUUCAAGCAGCUGAACGAGAAGAUUGCGCAGAGAUUCACGGUUGCGGAUGAGGUCCUGCGGAAAGUGCUCUGGGACGACGGGAAAAUAGCCAUCCAAGAAGGAAAAGAGUGUGUCUCAUCAGGACAGAUAACCAGGCCAGACAGUCUGGUGGUGGCCAAAACCAGCCUGCGACUCUGUCAGAAAAAAGCCGGGGAGUGUUUGCAGUGCGACGGCUUACACCUGUGCAAGUAUUUUGUUUGCGGACACUGCUCGUUCGGGCAAAAGUGUAAGAACCUCCAUAGCCUGACUGUUCCACACAAUGCGGAAAUAUUGAGGAGAAAUGAUCUUCAUGAUUUGACAGAGAAUCAGCUGUUCCAGCUGUUACUGCAGAAUGAUCCUUUUCUGCUUCCAGAGAUAUGUCCACAUUACAACAAGGGCAACGGUGUGCACGGCUCCUGUAAGUUCACAACCUCCUGCUCCAAGCUCCACGUCUGCCAGCACCAUUUCCAGGACGGCUGUAAGUUCGGCUCUUCGUGUAAGAGAUCCCACGACCUCGAUGAGCAGGGAAAGAAGCCUUUCCGAGGAUUCAGUCAGGAGAACAUCGACAACUUUCACAAGAUCUACAGGAACAAAUUCAUCAUCGUGGCCCACAAGGAAAGGCCCUGUACUGUUAACAAUGCGCUGCCCCAGGAGAGUGUCUCCACACAGCUGGCUUCUCUCAAGGUUUCCCACUCAAAUCCUGGAUCUCCCACCAGUUCAGACUGUCCAGCCAAACCCUUGAGUGAUGCUGACAGGAAUGAAAUCUGCCUCUACUUCAUCCGCAGACACUGCAGCUUCAAAGAGAAGUGCGCUCGUGUCCAUUGGCACCUGCCGUACAGAUGGCAAGUUUUAGACAGCGACGGUGUGACCUGGAAGGACAUGGUCAAUAUGGAGGACAUUGAAAAGGCCUACUGUGACCCAGCCAAUGAUACGAGCUGCAUAGAUAAACCAUCGGGCAUGUCGCUGUUUUACAGAUUUCUGUCUCUUCAAAGCUCUCUAGCUCCUGCUGAGCAGUCGGUCGACUUCCUGACGAUGACAUAUGGAGGGUCUCCAGUUCGCCGCCUCUCCACUGCCUCCUCCGCCUCGAAGCCGCCUCACUUCAUCCUUACGACACAGUGGGGUUGGUACUGGAAGGACGAGCACGGAAAAUGGCAGGAGUUUGGACAGGGUGGUGGUGACACACCUUCCACUGUCACUUCACAAACCCUGGAGAAUGUGUACCUGGCAGACAGAGACACAGAAAUUCCUUUUGGCGCUGGCCAGCAGCAGUAUGUGCUCCACUUCAAAGAUGCAUCGGGAGCCGAGAGGAUGUAUCAGGAGAACGUGAAAUACAAAACCAAGAGGGACGUCAGAAGGAGGCCUCACUUUGUGUCUGCUCAGGAUGUGGAGGUGACGCUGCAGAGUACACCAUCACAGAGCUCGAGCUCCUCCAUAGCUGAAAGUAUCCCAUCCCAGUGGGACAAGAAUGCACUCCCUGAUGUUGGAUACAAGCUUGUACUACUCUCCACAAAUGCAAGCGAAUAUAACAUGAUUCGGACGUUGUUCGUGCGCACCCUGCCUCAGAGUAAAAUCAACAGCAUCCAGAGGAUCCAGAACCCCUCCCUGUGGAAUCUCUUUCAAUGGCAGGAAGAUCAGAUGAAGAAAAGGAACGGCGGGAAGCUUGUGGAUAAAAAGCACUUGUUCCACGGGACAGAUGAGUCCCUGAUUGAGGCCAUCUGUGAGCAGAACUUUGAUUGGAGGAUGUGUGGUGUCCAUGGCACGGCCUACGGCAAAGGGAGCUACUUUGCCAGAGAUGCAUCCUACUCAGACAGGUAUGCUAAGCUCAAAGGAAACCGAAACAAGAUCAUGUUUGUCGCUCUGGUCCUGGUGGGGGACUACACCAGGGGUAGCAGCAGCUACGUCCGCCCCCCUCCAAAAGGAAGCAGCAAAACUCUGUACGACAGCUGCGUUGACAACGAAAAGGACCCUAGUAUAUAUGUCAUCUUUGAAAAGCAGCAGAUUUAUCCAGAGUACAUCAUCACCUACUCAUAAGUCAUUAUGUACUCUCUAUCAUAUUCAGUUAUGAGAUGCACUUUAGUUUGAGCAACAAAGCGUGUGUGUGUGUGGGGGGGGGGGGGGCUUAAUUGUGUGUGAUGCAACAGACUUCAAACUGAUCAUAAUCAAGUAUAAAGCUGCAGUUGUGAUGUUGUAGAUGAGAUGGAUACUGUUAGAGCUUUGAUGUAUAACAGUAAUGACUACGGAUCUAUUUGGGAUGGUGCUUAUUGCUGUUAUGUCUAUUAUGAGCUAAUAGAAAUGAAGUGAUAAUAAACACAUGCCAAUGCA